GCAGCACGAAACGACAGCAGGCAGAGGUGAAAAGUCUGGAUCAUGUUUUCAUUCCAGCGGAGGCGUACUUGAACGACAAAGGACAUUGUAAAUAAAGACCAACAAGGUGGUUAGCAGAGCACGUCGAGGUUCUGUCCACAAAGAGACGACAUUGAUGUUGUUGUUAGCCAACCAGCUAGCACAAGCUGAAAUUUGUUAGCUAGCUAACGGAGGACCCUGUUAGCCUACCGCCACCAUCAUCGCUCCUAGCCAGCUGUGCAUCGCCCUGUCUUCCUACGAUGGGAAACGCAGCAACUGCCAAGAAAGGCAACGAGCAAGAAAGCGAGACUUUUGUGAAAGAGUUCUUAGCUAAAGCCAAAGAAGAUUUUUUAAGAAAAUGGGAGUGUCCACCACAGAGCACAACUGGCCUGGACGACUUUGACAGGUUUAAGACUUUGGGCACUGGCUCGUUCGGGCGAGUUAUGCUUGUCAAACAUAAAGGAACAAACCAGUUCUACGCCAUGAAGAUCUUGGACAAACAAAAAGUGGUGAAAUUGAAGCAGAUAGAACACACGCUAAAUGAAAAGAGAAUACUACAGGCCGUCUCCUUCCCCUUCCUCGUCAGAUUGGAGUACGCCUUCAAGGACAACUCAAACCUCUACAUGGUGAUGGAAUAUGUGCCCGGUGGAGAGAUGUUCUCACACCUCAGACGUAUUGGAAGGUUCAGUGAACACCAUGCAAGAUUUUAUGCAGCUCAGAUUGUACUCACCUUUGAGUACCUUCACUCCUUAGACCUCAUCUACAGAGACCUGAAGCCUGAAAACCUGCUCAUAGAUCAACAUGGGUACAUCCAGGUCACAGACUUUGGCUUUGCCAAAAGAGUAAAAGGCAGGACCUGGACAUUGUGUGGAACUCCUGAGUACCUGGCUCCAGAGAUCAUCCUCAGCAAGGGCUACAACAAAGCUGUGGACUGGUGGGCACUUGGAGUUCUUAUCUAUGAGAUGGCUGCUGGUUAUCCUCCCUUUUUUGCCGAUCAGCCUAUCCAGAUCUACGAAAAGAUAGUGUCUGGCAAGGUACGAUUCCCCUCUCACUUUAGCUCCGACCUGAAGGACUUGCUGAGAAACCUGCUUCAGGUAGACCUGACAAAGAGAUUUGGCAACCUGAAGAAUGGUGUGAAUGACAUAAAAAAUCACAAGUGGUUCUCCACAACAGACUGGAUUGCCGUCUACGAGAGAAAGGUUGAAGCCCCCUUCUUGCCGAAGUGCAGAGGACCAGGAGAUACAAGCAACUUUGACGACUAUGAAGAGGAGGACAUUCGUGUCUCACAAACAGAAAAGUGUGCAAAAGAGUUCGCUGAGUUCUAGUGAGUGGGCAAGAGUCCCAUCAGGGCUCACGUGUUUUUGGGAAAUUUGCACUCUCCUGAGGGUUAAGGUGGAACUGAGGUCGUCACAUGUUAAAAACAAACACCUCAUUCCUUCAUUCCACACAGCUGAAUGAGGUCCUUCUUGCCAUGAUCCUGCGUGCAGUUAGCACUAACCUAUACACAGGCACAUUAUGCAGACACCCCUCGUACUGCAACACAAACAUACUAGACCACGUUCUCAUCUUUUGUCUUAUUUCUUUUGUUAUCUAUGUUUGCCACUUCCGAGUAUCCUCCCUCCCUCCUCAUUUCGAUUCAAAUGAUUAUUUGAAAAGCAACAUGAAAACUAAUAUUACUCCAAUUUUCAAGUGGCACAAAGAGUGAUUGAUUGUAUUAGCUGGUAUUGCACAUUUUGUGAUAUAAGCUUUGGGAAAAUAGAAGGCAUUUUGUGGGGUCUAAUUUUUAACAUUGAGUUUUGCUAGUUGUCUGUUACAUGCCUGAGUGUGUUUUAGGGUUCAGUUUGUUACUCAUUAGUCAUGAACAGUUUAACAUUAACCAUUACUCAUCAUUCUGGUGUCCUUAAGACCUACAUCCGUGUAUUUGUGCAUAUAGAAAUAUACAUAUAUGAUACAUACGAUUUGAACACUUUGUUUUGUUAAAGCAUGACCAAAAUUCAGUCAAAGACAGUGGUGUUCAGCAAAGGAUAAGAAACACUGAUGACUUUUUGAAGUUUCUGGGUUUUAGCACUGGGGCAUUCGAUUCUUGAAGAGACUGAUUAACAGUGACAAGUGUUAUUGUGAAACAGAAACUUGUCAGUGCUGUAUUAGUUGAUCAGUUGUAGCAUUUGUUUUAUCCAUAUCCGGUCACAGGACAUUUCCUUUUACCUCAGACUAGGUGUGGUAUUAAAUGAAAGGAAUGAAAUGAUAUAUUUUUUCAGGUACAACUCUGUUUCACAAGAAUGAAAACUGAUGAAGUUUUAGUAUGUGACUCCAUACAACAGGUCAUCUGUCUUUGGUACGUCCAAAAAUAUAUGAAGUGCAUUGACAUGGCAUUUUUCAAUAGCUGAAAGGUCACUUGUUCGAUUUUCAUGAGGGUACGUUGUCGUGGAAACGAAGCAGUGUUGGUCAGAUGGACAUAUUUUGUCCGUUUGGGCUUGCUUUUCAAUUUUGUUUUUAAAAGCUAAUUGUGCUUUAGCAGAGCACUCGGAUGACAUUGUGUAACUGCCAUAUUUGCUUUAUUUUCAUUUUUACUUUUGCAUGUUUGUUACGUUUGUACAGCAGUGUCAUAACAAGCUAAUAGUGCCCUAAAAAUGUCCCCAUCUUUUCUGUUGUUUUUCGUUUUGUUACCUUUAAAUUGUUUCAUAGCCUGGAACAUUAAUGCAUUAGAUAGGUACUUUUUAUCUGAGUGGCAUAUUCCACUGCAUAAUCCAAUUAACACAAAACUAAAUCAUGAAAUAAACUUUAACCAUAAAAUAAUAACAAGAAAACUGAAUUAUCAUAACUUUAAAGUAUUCGUUCAUUCACUUUGUUGAACCAUCUACUUACUGCAGUUAUAGCUCAUAGUCUCUUUGCAUCAUUUUCUAAAAAAGAAUUGCACACUGUGAUGGAGCAAUAACUGCUCAUUCUUCCUUGCAAAAUUGCUCAGGCUGAGUCAGCUCAGUUAGAGAAUGUUAAUGGACAAAAAUGCUGUAGUCUUGUCUCAGAUUUUCAAAGGGAAUAAGGUCAAGAGUCUGACUUUUGAAGAACUUUUUUUUUUGUAAGCCACUCCUGUUAAGUUAUUGUCUACACGUAUUUAAUACAUAUUUUGUCCCCCUUCUUUGGGCUUUUUUUUCUGUACUGGGCACCAUUCAUUUCCCACUAAUUCUGACACAUUGCCUGUCCAUGCUGCUGAAAUGUAGUCCCUGCCUCUGCAAACUCCUCACCAGCGUGGCAGGUUGUUGUAUUUAAAAAAUCUGUUUGUCAGAGGUUCAAUACCUACAAGACCAAGGUGUCCACGUGUUGAACUUCCAGAUGUAACAGAAGCUCUGCUUUUGUGAAUCCUUUGAUUAAUUUUAGAAGGAAGUUUGUCUCUGCCAUGCACAGGGAGGUCAGAGAUUGAGGUCAUUUCUGCAGGUUGGACACUCAGGGUUGUGGGGAAUUCACAGUUUUACAUUUUACACCUUGUUUGAAACAGUAAUACAUUGUUGACAGUCUUUCAAUUUAAAGUCUCUGAAGUCUUCUGAAAUUUUGAUUAUUAUUUUACAUGGUGCUUAAGUCCUUGUAGAUGAUGAAAAAUGCAAUUUAAUCAAGUUCAACAAUCUUAGACAACCAAAUGUAAAAAAGGGGACUGAAUGCUUUUUUUUUUUUUUUGGUACUUAUGUACUGAUAAGGCCUGAAUCUAAAGUUUUUUUUCAAAGAUUGAGCACAUGAUGUGAUAUUUUAUUUAGUCCUAAUUUCAUUUCAAAAGGCACAACUUUUUAUUAUGCUAUUUUUAUUUAUAUUUAGAGAUGUCUAAUGAAAUAACAUUUUAAAUGUUUAAACUUGCUUAGUUCUCAGUAUAUAAGAACUAAGUGUUAUAAACAGUGAAUAUAUUGGAUUAUUUAUUUGUACAAUUUUUUCCAUGUUUCCCCCUUUAAGAAUAAAAGAUUUAUAGAAAUAAACAUAUUUACCACAGUUAAUACACAUUGAUGCCUCUCAUGCCUAUUUAAAAUUAUAGCCUUUUAUUUUAACUUAUUUUUUUUCUUUUUCUUUACCUUUUGUUUUAUUUCUUUACUCAGAAAAUUAACCUUGUUAAAGAGGAUCCGACAUUAUUUUCCUAGUUUAAAGGUUGACUAGAAUGUAAUUGCAGAAUCAAUGGCAUUUUUUAGUAGGACAAAGUUUGAAAACUACACCUGGGAAUUCAGCAUGUUUCAGUCCAAACUGCCUGUGUGUAAAUCUUCCCGGAAAGUGUGUAGGAAAUCCACAGCUCUUCUUAUGUGUCAUUUAUACCCCCAUGUGUGUAACAAUGUUUGUCAUAUUUGAUGUAAAUGAUGGCACUUUUCCCUGAGCCACUUCACACUCCUGAUUGAAGGAUAUCAGUUUAUGAGUUCUUUGUAGGUAGUCACAAAUGCCAGUAUGGGAUCAAUAAUCUGAAAUGUUUCUGUAUUUAGUUUGUGGGAUAUUUUGCACAUCAUUUAGAAGGCUGACACGUUUUUCCCACCCAUAUUUACUUGUGUUUGCAAGGGGAAUAUACUUUGCUGUAGCAGAUUUUAUGUAACAAAGGAUAUGUCACUAUAAUAAAUUGUUUU